AUGUGCGUUCAACAGUUUAUUACUCGGAAAGUUUAGUCAGUUAUUAUGACGCCGAGUCUCACUGUGCAAGUGUUGGAGGAAGCAUGCUUAAAUAUGGUCAGUUAUUUAUUGACACUGCAAACACCUGCCAAACCCUAUUAGGGGGUAUUUGGACUGGUACGCCGUUUUAUAGAAAAGUGGAUGAUGCUCAAUGCAGAACUGGGAUUUGGAACAAACAAACACAACCUGUAGAGCAAACAUGGGAUAAACAUUUAGCUGGCUGUGCAGAUUUUUGUACACAUAAUGAGUUUACAUACUUUGGGAUUACGAGUAACAUCUGUUACUGCUAUGAUGAAAGUCAUUUUAAUAAUCUGGCCAUAGUUGGUGACUGUCAAACAGAAGAUUGUCCAGGAAAUUGGCUCGAAACUUGUGGAGUUACUCCAAACCCUGUCGUUUACCAAAAACAAACAACGUUUACAUCACUUGAAUGUGUGACUGCAUAUAUCUAUGGUUUUGGAGUAGGACAAUCAUUAAUAAAAGGAAGUUGUGCAGCUGAAUUAUCAUAUAUAUGCAGAGUUGGUGAUUCAAAUGACAUUAAAUGUACGUUUGAUGAUCUUCCGGUAACGACAGAACAACAUCAACAGCAGACAUCUUUAAUUAUCUCUACUACUGAAAUACCUACAACGGUUGCAAAAGAUACACAAGAGAGUUCUAAAUUCCUUGACUGGACAUCAACGAUGGAUCACAACACUGUUGCAUCCAGUAUGAAAUUUACAAAUGUGGAAACAAUUCAUUCAACGGUGGAUGCAACAGAUACAUUCUCCAUUGCUGUAAAAAGUAGUACGAACAAUCCGCAUUCCACUGAUACUUUUACGGUAUUAACAUCAUAUGCAGAUGAUACCUCAACAAAAGUUACGAUGUCUUCUUCAAAUUCUUUGUCAAUAACUGAAAGCCAAUAUGUAACGUCAAGUCAAUCCACAACAAUAACAGAAAGAAAUGCAUAUGAUUCACAAAUAACUACAGAAGCUAUAUCUUCACAAAUAACUACAGAAGCUAUAUCUUCACAAAAUACAGCUCAUUUAACUGAUAUUGCUCAUUCAACAAACCAUGCAACAUUAAUAAAAGAAGUAUCUUCCUCUGCAACGCCAAAUGAAUUACAAGUAAACAAAAAAGUAGCUUUAGCUGAUAGUCCGAGCAAAAAUUAUCAAGUUAUGAUCAGUGGUUCAAUGAUUGGUGUGGGAAUUCUCAUGUUUACUAUUCUUAUAUUUGUGUUGCUGUUUAAAGCUUGCUACCGAAAGCAAGCCAAAGGAAAGAGAUUUGUCAAACAGGAGAACUACCUUUCGUCACAACAAGAGAAUUCAUCCUACCACAGUGAUUCAAAAAUAUUUGCAAAUAUGUACAAUUUUUCGGACGGAGUAAAUCCUUUUGAACAGUACAAACAUACAUAUUACUCAUCUGAUUAUUCUGUUUAUUAAUUGUUAAGUCUAGCUAUGCGUCAAAGCCGAAGCGAUUGUGUUUAACCUUUCUUUUUAUUUUUCGGGUCGACGGAAUAGUCAAGGUGUUAAUUAACUCAGAAGUGUUGUUUCUUGUGCCGGCUGCAUUAACAAAAUGUUGACGUUUGUUUUUUUUUUUGUUUUUUUUUUGUGGAAAACGGUUAAUUGUUUCUCAAUAACAUUUUGUAUGAAAUGAAGUAGUAUUUACACAUUUUGUUUUUGUUAAUUUUUUUUUGUGACGCCCCUCAAUAAUACUAAGAAGUCUUUUGACUUUGAAACGUUUAAAUGUUUUUGUUUGUGAUUUGUCACAGAAAAUACGAGCCUAUUGAACCAGUCAAUAAAGAGCAAACAAAUAUAAGGUAUUAGAAAUAGUAAACAUUCCAUAACUAAAAAAUAAGAACUUUUUGAUACAUGUUUAUAUUCAUCUU